GGUAGCGCGUCUGACUCCAGAUCAGAAGGUUGCGUGUUCAAAUCACGUCGGGGUCAGUCAUAUAUUUAUUACAUUUCUGCAUGAUAAGGCAUGUGCAUACAUGACUAAUCAAAUAUCGGCACUCCCAGUUCACUUGGAGGAGGAGUCGGGUUAACGGUUGCUACGGAGACGCGUCUCUUUGCCUCCCAUGCUACCGGAAAAACACGGAAGCACCGGCUGAACAUCUUCUCAAAUAGAGGCUUCAGAUGUUUUGCAUUAGUGUCUUUGAAGGAUUCUGAAUGGUUUUGCACACCCUAUUGUACUAACAAGGCGUAGGAUUCAAUUAAAAAACUACUUAUAGCAGACUCAUUUGACGAUGCUAGAAGUCGGUUCACACAUGGAGGGGAACAGCAACCCCCCCCUGAGAAACACGGAGGCGAGGGAGCGGAAGAAGACCAGGAGGAGGCGGAGAAGAAAGACAGCAAGUGUUCCUACGAAGAGCGGGCAUUCAAUCAGCCACCUUGAGGAGGAUAAAGACAAUCCUGGGAGCAUAUUGCCCCCCAGCACCCUGUCCGUCUCCCUGCCCCCCCUCCCCGGACCCGGGCCGCCCCAGGCCCUUAAGGGGAGAGAUAAGGAGGGGGCUCCCCAUUGGAGCACCAACCCGCCCCCGCUAGCUUCCCCCACAACAAGGGGCGUUCCUGAGCUGAGUGCCCAGGCCAGGGGGAGCCUGAGGUGGGAAGGGGAGCUCGACGACCCCCUCGCGGAGGGGGAGAGGUUGGAGCUCUACAAGGCCCGGCGGAGGCAGCGCUACCUGGCUCUGAGGCCGGUCUGA